CAAUAACAUACGAUUCCGUGUUAUGUUUAGUAAAAUGUUGAUUAUUUCGUCCGCGUCGCGUUUAUUCAUGAAGUUUUGUAGUUCUGUUUAGUGCUCCGUUUCCUCCAGUUAACCAUGGUUUUGGAAAAUAGUGUGCGUUUGAACGUUAAUGGUGUUAAGCACGUCCUGCGUGGUGGCAUUGUCGUAAUCGGAUCUUCGAAAAAUGAACGCUACAAUACCUUACUGAUCGAUGACAAGAGUAUCUGCCCCAAGCAUGCCAGCAUUCGGUAUGAUGCCACAUCCGCCAGGCUAGAAGUGAUGGACCUUUGUUCCAUCCGCGGGGUCACUGUAGAUCACCGACCUAUCGAAGCCCUGACCUGGUGUAAAAUUACCUCUCUUAGCAAGAUAUUGCUCGGAACCGUGCCUGUUUUCGUGGAAGAAAACGUCCCCGCAACCGAGGGUGUACAGGAUGAGCGGCCCUUUUUGGUAAACGAAGAUUCAAAGGAUUUUAUUGACUGCAGCUUAGAGGAAACUCAACUGUUACCGACAACGAAAAGAGCAACCGGAACAACCAGUCGACUGUUGAGUGGAUCUCAAACGGUCAUCAACUCCCUGAAGCCGCAAACAGGUCGCAUAAGCAGCAGUUUCUACGUACCGGCGACACAGCAGCUAGAAGACAGUGCGAUCUCUGCGGUAGCGAAUGAAUCUCUUCCGCCGGUGAAAUCUUGCGAUAUAAGCGUAUCUUCGACCUCCGCAAAACCGGUACCGGCGGCCGAUGAAGAUGUACUUAAAAAGGCCAAAGAUGAGCUUGAUGACGAUGAUGAAUUUUUUAUCAUUCCCGAAACUCAACAACCCGUUGAGGACGAGCGUCCAUCGCCAACCAUUGAUCGCAUCCCGCCCGUUGUUAUUCGCCCGGAUCGGGCAGAGCGAACGCAGGCAGAAGAGGACUACUUCCAGAUGACGGCUCAGGACGAUGACAACAGUAACGAUGGACUGUUCAACAAUGAGUACAUGGCAGAGUCACAGAAUCUGCUGCAGAAUAUGGACGAGUCGUACAGGAGGGUGGACGCAGCCGGGUCAAGAAAGUCUAUCCUUCCGGAGCGUUCCGUCGAUUCGAUAUCGUUUCAAGAGCAUCGUAAUGCGACGCAGGACAUGAGUCGACUGGAGUGGAACGAAACUCGGCCGGAGCCGGAGGCGGAGUCGGUGGCGGAGAAAAAGCUAUACGCAGCCGAGCAGGUGGAAAAGCCGGUGAAGGAAGAUGAUCGAUCCAUUACGCCGGAGCUGCACUUUGACGCUGUGGUGGCGGUGGAAGCACGAGACCGAGCAGGGUCCGUAACACCGGAGGUAGAUUUCGACCAGGUUCCUGAGAUUAAACCGCCUGCAGGACGAUCGGAACUGGAAGACGACGACGAUGAGCACGAGAUUUCGCUCAAUCAAGAAGGUUGCUUCCCAAAGCCGGUUGAGAGAGUUGCGGAAGAAAACGGUAAUAAAAAACCGGCUGAAGAUGUAUACGAUAUGGAAACGCAAUCAUUGGACUUCGAUUGUUUUAAAAAGCCUUCAACAACAAAGGCCACUAAUAGUUUGUCAAAGUCGAAGGAUCGAUCUAAGGAGAAUGGUGUGAGUCCGUAUGAUAUGGAAACGCAAGCUUUAGCUUUCGACGACGAUGAUCAUUCCGACCCCUACGACCUACUGACACAACCAAUGGAGCCACCAAAAUGGAGCGUUUUCAAGAAACCACCUAAACCAUCUGCGUCGCUUGUUGAGCCGAAAGGUCCGGAACCGGAAGAUUUCGAAACCCAACCAAUGAUACCUCCGGCUCCAUUGCGGCGAGUUUUCUCGAAAGAAAAAUCAACCGAACCGCGUCCUUCUACCUCUUCCGCCCGAACAACGGUACUACUCAAUCCUGCCGACAUAGAAACGCAACCGAUGUCUCCACCAGAGCGAUUCAAAAAGAACACUGGUCCACCAUCUCCUUCCAUCGACCCGGCCGAUCUGCUGACGCAACCGAUGAGUCCACCCAGGAACCUGCGGGAGGAUAGUUGUUCUCCGGUGUUGAAAAAACCCGCAUCGAAACUGUUUGACGCGUACGAGCUGGAAACGCAACCCCUCGGAAGGUCGUUCCCUCCGGAAAGGAAGGUUAGCAAAUCGUUGGUCGUUUUUGGUUCGAAGACGCCUGUUAUUUCAUUGGUGGACAUAAUGAAAUGUAUUAAUUUUUCACAGGAGGACAUCGAUCCGUAUGCGAUGCAGACACAACGUAUGCAACAGGAAGAUGAUCAUAUGGUUAGCUCUUACGAUCUUCUGACGCAACCUCUGCAACGCAGCGCACAAGGAUCAUCCUCCUUUCGAAAAACGGACACGGUUGGACCGGCGACUGCACAUGAGAUUUCUCACUUUGAACCUAUUAUAAACAGCACCGUGCGGCACUCGUUGCUGCAAGCGGGUACUCAGAUGAAAGACACAAAGCAGGACCUAAAGGGCGAGCAAAUUUCUCCCUCAUCAUCGAACAAGGAGAAUCAAACACGCCACGGCGCGGUCGUGUCGAGCAGUGAAGAAGAGUUUGAUGAAGAGGAGGACGAAGAUCUGGACGAUGAUGUGUGUCUAGCUGCCACCCUACCUGUGGGUGAGCUUGAUAAGGAAUCGAAAAAGCGGGGACGGGGAAGACCGCGCAAGAUACCGUCGCCCGUCUUUAAGGUACCGUCGGAAACGGCGUUGACCACUCCGAAACCAUUACCGACCAAGAGUCGCCGGCAGUCGAUAGUGGUGACGGAGUUUCUAACUCCGGAACAUCCACUGCUCAGCCUACCGAAACCGGACAGCAUCCUGAUGGCGUCCGUGCACAUGCGUGAACUGUCGGCAUCACACUCGCGUGAGGCGGCGGCGCAGGGUGGCCCGAAGUAUCACUUCAAAGACGAUAGCAGUGACGAUGAGGACGAGGAUCGGUUGGUGUUCAAAAAGACACAUGUUAGUGUUGCACUGGAGCGUGAGCUAGAGAAGGUGAAAGAGGUUUCCAAGCAGAAGCAACUGGAAAAGAAAGAAAAGGCGGGUGGUAAAAAACGGGGCGUAAAAAAGGAGGAUCAACACGAUGAGGAUGAAGAGGAGGGUCCUAAAAAGCGGCGCGUUACGGUUGAGAAGGCUUCCUCUUCCACCGCUUCCGGUACAGGUCACAACGCGGAACAACAGACGCGCGCUAAAGAACCGGGGAAAAAAUCCGCCCGUGAAAAGUCGGUGAAAAAAGAGGAGCUGGGUGAAAAAGAAUCGAGCCGUGGGAAAGACGGAAAGCGCAAGGAAAAAGCCACUUCGUCAAGCUCAUCGCUUCCCAACAAAGAAGAACCUCAUCCGAUGGUCGCAUCGGAGCGUGUUUCCACCCGCAGCCAUCGGGAACCGCUUCCAAAGCGAACAAUUGAUGAAUCGGUUGCCUAUGAGUCUAGCACGUCCAAGGGAACAGCGGCCACCAUGCGGACAUCGACACGGACGCGCAAGCCGCGAGAAGUUCCGAGCCCGGAGCGCCGGCAGCAAAAUCAACCGGAAGAAAAAUCGGAAGCGGAUGGCGCGGCGGUUCCAAGACGAGAAUCAAAACGGCAAAAAACAACCAACCACAAGUAUCGUUCUCAUUCGCCGGAUCCGGUGAAGAAAAAGGCGAUCACAAAGAAGGUAGAUGAUCCAUCUUCUUCAACUGUUUCUGGGUUAUUGAGGGGGGGACUAGGUGGUCUUCCAUCGGAGAAGCGUAAUGAUGCGGUUGUGGAUAUCAGUGUUACUAGCAGCACCGGAAGCGAAGGAUCGAUAAGGAUGGCCCGUGCCAACCGUCCAAAACUGAUAUUUACACGCAUGAGCCCGGAACCCUACCGGAAAUGUAUCGCUCGCGCUGGGGGCAAAGUGGUAGACAUACCGGAACUGGCGAACGUGCUGGUAACGGAUCGCAUCUUCCGGACGUACAAAUUUCUAUGUGCCGUUGCAAAAGGCAUUCCCAUCGUCGGCCAGUCGUACCUGGAUGCACUACAGGCCGCCCAAGAGCACGACGAGCCUGUUGAUCCGUGGGAGCACAUCCUGUGCGAUGAAAUCUCGGAGAAGCGUUACAAAUUUCGUUUGCGCGAUUCGUUGUUAAAGGCGCGCGGUAACAAACUUUUCCAGGAUUACACCGUUUUUGUUACCUCCAACACGCAACCUCCACCGUUGGAAUUAUAUUUAAUCUUAUCCUGUGCCGGAGCCACACCAAUGAAACAUCUCAGCCAGCCGGUGAAGCAGAGUGGCAAAAUGUUCAUCAUUUCCGACCCAGCCGAUGCAGCAUCCUGGCCGAAGUACAGGGAAAAGUAUCCCAACAUAGAUGUGGUAUCGACGGAAGGGUUUAUGUUAUCCAUCAUGCAGCAUUCGAUUAGUUUAAAAAAGCAUCGCUUGAUGUAGAGAUUGGCAGCGAAGAACUUGUUGAAUUUCGGCGCGUAAUGUGCCAUUGGUCAGUUUUAAUUUUCAUGUUGUUAGUAUCGUAGUCUCACAUAAUAUUGCAUUGAACUGUUUGUCAUCUAUCUCUUUCUGUUAAAUGCGGUUUUUUAAUGGAGAAGACCAACAAAAUUCGCUCUUUCUCAACUCAUCGCAAAAUCAUCACUGUCGAUAUGUA